UACAUAUUUCGGGAUAUUACUUCAACUGCAAAACAACCACCGUUUUUGAAAAAGAAAAUUUUAUUCAACUUCUAGAAAAGUUUGUAAUUUAUUCUGUAUAUUAAAAAUAUUUUCACGUGAGUGAAUUUCAACAUAUUUUUUCGUCGAAAUAUCGAUUUUGGUUUAUUAAACCUUAACAUUACCACAAACCUUCAUUCCAAAAAAUCCAUGGAAAAAACAACCAGAAUGUAUAGCUUCCCUCUUAUGAAAUGCUUUUGCAUUGCACUAUGUGUAUUGAUCAUUGCAACAGAAAUAACAACAACAGCACCCACAUAUGCUGAUUACGAAAAUUUUCGUGAUUUGUAUGAGCUACUGAUGCAAAAAGAAGCAAUUGAAGACAGAUUAGGCAAACACCAAAUAGUUCGGAAAUCUAAUCGAUCUCCAUCAUUACGUUUACGAUUUGGACGACGUUCAGAUCCAUCUAUACCAUUACUAAAUUCACCGUUUUCAAUGUCUCAAUCAAAUCAAGAUGAUGCAGAAAAUUAAAAUCCCUUACCAAUAAAACUUUAAAUCCUUUCGAUGUUCCAGCCCAAAAUCGAAUAUAAUACAUAUUAUAAAUAAAUAUU